CUAAACUAGACCCUUCUCCAGUACUCCGGUCCUGCCGCGUGAGCUGAGCCCGAUGCCGAAGUGCUUCCUGCUUGCCGCGAGGCGGCGCGCUUCUGAACUUCUCCCCGGCCGCGCUUGCUUUCGCGCACUCUCAUCCGCGCUCGCGUCUUCCUCUCCGAACAUCCCCACCUCCUCCUACUGCUGUAACGCUCGCGCUUCUCCAUUACUAACUCGCUUCUCUACUACUACUACUACUACUACUACUACUACUACUACCACCAUCCAUCCCGCUUCGUUCCGAUUCUUCUCCACAACAACGAGAGAACCAGAUCGAGGACCAGCAGAUGAAAUUGAAGGGGAGGAGUGGAUGGCUGAAUGGGAAGAAGAAGAAGAAGAAGAGGGAGGUGCGGAGCCUGCGAUUGGGGAUGGAGGGGACGGGGGCGGAGUUGCACUCGGCGACGUCGAAUGGGGCGAACAGGCCCUCUCCGUAGCUCGCGAGGUCCUUCAACUCCAUUUUGAUGACGAUUUGGCCAUGUUUGCUUUCAAGGUUUCGCCCCGAGGGUACGUCUACGUGCGGCUGGAUAAGCUUACAAAAGAAUUUGGGUGCCCUGCGAUCGAGGAAAUCGAGAAAUUUAACAGCCUUUACAAGCAGAGAUUGGAUGAGAUGGUAGAGCGCGGAGAAAUUCCUUUGGAUUUGGCGAUAGAGGUAUCAUCGCCUGGGGCUGAGCGACUGUUGAAGGUUCCGGAAGACUUGGAUCGCUUCAAAGAGAUGCCCAUGAGAGUGCAAUACAUGGAAGAAGAUCCGACUUCAAGGCACCAGCAACAGAAGGAUGGGAUUUUCAUGUUGGAGGUAAUUGAUGUCGAGACGGGCCGUUGCGCGUGGAAGCUUGCUGAUGUCAAGGAGAACAGAGCAGAGGCAGGGAGAGGAAGGCCAUUAAGCAGGAAGCAGAAAGAUUGGAGAAUAUCACUACCAUUUGACACAAUAAAGAGGGUGAUGUUGUACUUGAAAAAUUAAUCCUGUGUUUUUCUGAAGAUAUGAUGAUAUUUUUUCUGCUCUACAGCUUGGUGCUUCUUCAAAUAGAAUGCAUGGAAAUUGUUUGUUAUCUAUUUUCAUCACUACCAUUUGACACAAUAAAGAGGGUGAUGUUGUACUUGAAAAAUUAAUCCGGUGUUUUUCUGAAGAUAUGAUGAUAUUUUUUCUGCUCUACA